CCUUCCCACCAAGCAUGCCGGCUGCAACGCUCUGGCCUCGUCAACCGGGCUUAUUAGUAGUCCCCAAUGGUUUUCUCUUUUAGGAAAACAAUAAGAAAAGGAGUUUGAGGGGGAAGGGAGAAGGGAGACGGCAAGGAGGUAAUUUGUUGGUAAUUUCUUUCAGAUUUAGGGUUUUCAUUUAUCUAAGAAGCCCCCAUCACUAUACUGCAAAGUUCUCCAAAUACUGCCACACUUGUCUACAAAGUACAAAAGCGUAAGUUGGGCAUGGCAAAGCGGAAGAGGGAAGACAAUUCUACAAUAAGUACAAUGGAGUUGAACUUAUUGAACAACAACAAAAAACAAUUUCACGAUCAUCAGCCGAAUACGAUGAAGUCCCGCCCAAUAAUAUUCAUUCUGCGAAACGCUUCUCUCACAAAGGGUUUCGUCCAUAAGAGGUGGAAGAUUCUGGAUUCGGAUGACGACCGUGAUUUUCUUCUCAAGCAGAACAAGAAUCUGGAUGAUUUUAGGCCUGCAAUAGUUUACCAGGCUCUCCGUGAGAUAUUGGAUAGCAAACUGAAUAAAGCUGGUAUGGUACGAGCUGUGUAUGUGAAAACUGAUGAAGGAGUGUUAUUUGAAAUUAAAUCGCACGUUCGUAUACCAAGAACCUGUAAACGCUUUUGUGGAGUCAUGUUGGAGUUACUAAGGGAGAAAUGUAUACGGACCGAAGAUACAAAUGAAGUACUUAUGCAUGUCAUCGAGGAACCUGUAACUCGACAUUUACCUGUCAACUCUCGUGUAGUAGGUCUCUCUUAUAGUGCAGAGAAGUUGGUUGACAUAGAUAAGUGGGUGCAAUGGCCCAUGGAAAAAUCAAUGAGGAGUACGCAGAUGAUUUCAUAUCAGUGUCGAAUUAUCGAUUGGAAUCGAAAACCUGCAUAGCAUUGAUUUGCGAGGCGUUGGAGUAUAAAUGGAAGUCUAUAUUAGGUUAACAAAUAGUUACCUUGCAAGCUAAAGCAAUUUGGUAGAGAGGAAAGUGCAAAUUGAUCCCGAUGUCGUCAAACAGUACUAGUCACCCACAGAAGAAAACCAGGCAUAUAUGCAAGAAACUCAAAAGGAUAGGCAACUGGAAAUGGUUUGAUGGUUUGUACCUCCUAGUCUCAUGUUUGAACCACCAUCUCUUAAGUUAAAAGUGGUUUAGAAUAUCACUGUAAAAAAUACUAUCCUAUUUUAUGUAUGUUUUUAUUUUACAACUUUGCAUGUCUUUUCAACUCUUCAUUCUUGGCAAGUCACAUAUUAGUAUAUUAAUGGGUCAUAUGAUUCUCUA